AUAAAGCAGGACUAAUGUUAUGGAAAGACGGAUAUUUCGCUUGAUUUUGCUCCGUCCGGUCAGCAAAUUCCCGAGUGACAUAAUUCAUCGGUUUAUUUUUAUCAAGUUCGUCGCAUAAAGUGAAUAAGAGUGAUGGGAAAUAUUUGAGGACUUCCGUGAAUCUGGACGUCCUUGCAUGGAAAUUCUUUGACACUUUUUUCCCUCAUCUCCGAGACUUCAGGACAGAAUUUGGAGCACCAGGGGUAACUGCACAAGGUUCCAAGGUGUUUAUGCAGAAAUCAAUGAUUCUAUAACUCGUGGCGAGUGUACAACACAUUGAGGAUUGUUUAUAACAUUUUCGUCGAUGGGAUUUAUUGAUGAUGAGCUCGAUGAAGUUUCAAAACUGUGCGAAAAUGUCGUUGAAGGUAGCAAACUCGUCUGCUGUGUGCCAACUCAAGUCAGAGUGGAAAUAACGAAAACAUCAUUCAAGAAAAUUAUAACCUGCAUACAGUUCCCUGAAGGCUAUCCUGCAGACGUGCUGCUUAUAGAAUUGAAAAGUAAAACUUUGUCGCCAAAGUUAUUGUUGGGCUUGACUGAAGUUUGUGAAAAAGAGUGCAAAAGUCGCUUGGGAAAAGCACAGGUCCUGCCAACAUUGAAGUUCAUAAAGAAUUUUAUUGACGAAAAUCCCCUGAUUUGUUGCUACGAUGAAAUCAAUUCCGUAAAAGAGCUCCUGAAGGAGAAAGACACCUUAAAAUUGCGCCAAAAAUUAUCGACGAUAAAUCUUGAGGUACAUCAGGGUCUCUAUUACUAUAAGACAAAGCUGAUAGUUCCAGACGAUUACCCUUCAUCAUCAGUGAGCAUUAACCCAGACGCUGAGACCAAUCUCCCUCCUCUCUUCGGUCGUUUCCUCUGCGGCCAGGGACGGGAGCUGGGACGUAAAUGCGUCGAGCCCCCACUGAGGAAAAAACCAAAUCAGAUAUUCACACCGUCUCCCUCUCUCAAGAUCGUUGCGUCAUUCUUGAUAACAACUAUAAAAAAAAUUCCAAACGAGCAUUGCCAGCUGUGCAAGGCAGAAUGCCUUCCCCCAAACCCAGAAGACGCGGUUAUGGACGAAAAUGCCGAUAUGCAUGUGGAGAAGCUGUAUUGUGGUCAUCUUUUUCAUCUGAAGUGUCUCAGAACGUACAUGAAUACUCCUCCAUUCCAUGGGGGUAAAAAAUGUCCGGGCUGUGGACAGCGUGUCUACCACGAUAAAUGGGGACUGACUGAUAAACUCGCCGAAGAGAGAUGGGCACAUGCACAGGCCCGUGCAAGAGAGUUCGCAGAAGUCGUUGACUUCUUCGAGUGAGGGACAAGUCAUCGAAGGGCCAGUGCAUCAGUCGAAUUGCCAUGCAAUUUUCAGGGUACACUGCAGCCUAUUGACAGUGGAGUGAUGGGGAAAAUAUAUUUCAUAUUCAAUACCUAUUUUUCAUUUCAUUGAACGACCAGCAAAGGGGAAGGGGGAUUUUUCUAAAGGGAAAAUAAAUAUUUGGGAGGAAAAGGGAGGAUUUGAGAGCUCGGAAAAUCCUUUGAAAUUUAUACUGAUGGUUUUCGUCGAGUAUCUAACUAAUAUGUGGCAUCGUAAAAGUUAUAUAUCGUCCGUGUAUUGAUCCUGACUAGCGACUCCGGAUCCUCUACUCACAUUUCCCUCGGUACCUCGGCUUCACGGCCUCAUUUAUCCUCGCACAUUUUCGCUCUUUUUUCCUUUUCUUUUCACUCCACCAGUUCUCCCAGUGAUUUUUCCCCGGCUUUUUCACGAAUAAUAUUUUUGUUUAUUGUUUUUCCUAUUGGCUCAUUCAAAAUUGACAGCCUCAGAGUGUUCGCUCUAAUUUUAUUUACAUAUUUACCUCGAUAGAACGAGACCAAUGUAUUGGAGAGCAAUUAUUGUUCUAAACGAUUCAUGUGUGCACUUGUAUCAUGUUUUACUCGGUAUCGGUUGCACUGGGGGUUUUAUAAACGAUGGGGUAUUAUUUACGGAGAUAAAGUGUCGUGCCCAUGAGUAAGGUGCGCCGGAGUCGUUAUUCUCUGUAAACUUGCCUCUAAAUCCUCUCAAUAUUCACUUAGUCCAUCCUCUUUACCCAUAGAAAUAGAAAAAUCGAGAAAACUAUGUUGGUUAGAAUUAAUUGUGCGUAAAAUAUGUGGAAUGUAUUUUUUACAAUAAAAGGGAAUGAAAUACUA